AUGGCCGAUCUCGGUGGCCAACAGGGCCGGAACUACCGGCCUUAUGGACAUGCCUCCUCUUUCCAGCGCGACGCUGCAUUCUCAGAGAUAUUCGGCGGGGCACCGCCACCUGGACGCUCCCAGACAAUGAACUCGCAGACGCCCCAGUUUUCGCAAGAUCGCGCUCACACAAUGUCAUCCCAUGUGCCACAUCCUCAAAUGCAAAGGCCACCCCCGCAGCCGGCUCGUCAGGGACCGAAUGGUUACACACCGGCAGCUCCGAACGGACACUAUCAAGCCUACCCGGGGCCCGCAGCUAUGGCUCAACAAUCUUCCCACAAUCCCCCGCGACCAUAUCCCGGACGUUAUGUCUAUCCUCAGCCCCAACGGUUAGAUUCGAGACCCGCUCCUGGCCCACAGUAUCCAGAUGCCAAGGGAUACAGUCGGCCUAUGCCUCCCCCAGCCCUGAAUUCGGAUGCAUACAGAUCAAGGUCAAUGGCGCGAAUGGGUGGCCCGCCGGGGUAUCAACAACCGCCACCCAGCAGUUUCAAUCACACUUCCGCAAGCGCUUUUCGUCAACAACCGUAUAGCUCGACAACUCCGGUAACCGAUCAAGGACGCGUUGUGCCAGUGAGACAUGCGAAUGAACGCGCAAUGUCGCUGACAUCCUACUCCAUGGAUCGCGACCAUUCUCACACCACGCAGACAGGUCGGGUGAUCCCUACAAGGAGGCAGCCAUCUGGCCCAAGUCAACCCCCGACGCAUCAGUUCGAAGAAGAGCCUGCAAGCGUUCACAGUGUAAACGGAAGACCGCGACCGCCAAGUGAUGGGUCAACAAAUUCCCGCGCUAUGUCUAUGGCGUCGACCAUCGUACCAGAUCGGACCAUGAGCAUGCAAAGCCAGAUGACGCACAGGCCCAGCAAUCAAACAACUUUAGUUUCCAACAAUUCCCGCCGGAGCAAGGUCCCACUGGUGUAUCCCGCCCUACUCUCACGGGUCGCUGACGUCUUUCGCGAGAGAAUCCCGCUUGGAGAACGACAGAAGAACGGCUUGUCUUAUCAAAAUGCGUUUUCUGGUGCGGAGGCUGUGGAUCUUAUUGCUCACAUCAUCAAGACAAACGAUCGUAAUCUUGCUCUUCUUCUGGGGCGAGCGCUCGAUGCGCAGAAGUUUUUCCACGAUGUGACGUACGAUCAUCGACUUCGAGACGCUCCGGGGGAAAUCUAUCAAUUCAAGGAAACCAUGGGAGAAGAGGCGCCGAGUUCCGAGGUCAAUGGAGUUUUUACGCUUUUGACAGAAUGUUACUCUCCCACCUGCACGCGCGAUAGUCUGUGCUAUUCUAUUGCGUGUCCAAGAAGGCUGGAACAACAAGCAAGAUUGAAUCUCAAGCCGCAACCAGGUCUACGCACGUCCGCCUCGAAGGCCAGCCUUCACGGCGAUGAUGACAAUGAUAAUCAGAAACUCUGGAUUAAUAUGGUUCCCAAGGAAGUUUCUGACAGUAUCGACGAUCGCGAAAAGAAGCGCCAAGAAAUCAUCUUCGAGAUCAUGUACACAGAACGUGAUUUUGUCAAGGAUCUGGAGUACCUGAGAGAUUUCUGGAUGAGACCUUUGCGUGCGGCCGGCAACGCAAACCAAUCCCCCAUCCCGGAGCAUCGGCGCGAGAAAUUCAUUCGAACAGUGUUCGGCAAUUGCUUGGAAGUUCUGAAAGUUAAUGGUGCUUUGUGUGAAGCCCUCAACGCCAGACAAAAGGAAAGUCCUGUGGUGAAGACUGUUGGUGACAUAUUCCUCCAGCAUGUACCCAACUUUGACCCUUUCAUCAAGUAUGGUGCCAACCAGCUCUAUGGUAAAUAUGAGUUUGAGAAGGAGAAGGCAUCCAACCCUGCUUUUGCAAGAUUCGUCGAAGAGACUGAACGGCUCAAGGAGUCACGGAAGCUGGAAUUAAACGGCUACUUGACCAAGCCCACCACUCGUCUAGCAAGGUAUCCGUUGCUUCUCGAACAGGUUGUGAAGAACACGAAGGAUGGUAACCCGGACAAGGAAGAUAUUCCCAAAGCCAUCAAACUCAUCAAAGAUUUCUUGUCGCGGGUUAACACCGAGAGCGGAAGGGCCGAGAACCAUUUCAACCUCGUGCAGCUGAAUUCGGCCCUGAAGUUUAACCCCGGCGAUUAUGUUGACCUGAAGUUGACUGAGGAGAAUCGUCAAAUGCUCACUAAGAUGGCGUUCAGGAAGGCUCCAACAGAUAGUUCCGAAGUAACUGCGUAUCUCUUCGACCACGCAGUAUUGCUUGUGAGAAUCAAAGUCGUUAACAAGCGCGAAGAGUAUCGUGUCUAUCGGAAGCCAAUCCCUCUCGAACUGUUGGUUAUCGCACAGAUGGACGAAGUGAUUCCCAAGGUUGGAGUCCCCAAGAGACCGUCGUCCAGCUUGCUCUCCAACAAGCCUGCCGCCAAUCCUCCCAGCACUAAAGAGGGGUUACCCAUAACCUUUCGGCAUCUAGGCAAGGGUGGCUACGAGCAGACACUCUAUGCCACGUCGCCAACACAAAGAAGAAAAUUCAUCGAGAUGGUCGAAGAGCAACAAAGAAAGCUCAGAGAACGGAACAGUAACUUCUACAACAAGACGGUUUUGUGUUCGAAUUUUUUCACUUCUGCAAACCGCGUGAAUUGCCUUGUCCCUGUUGAUGGUGGCAGGAAGUUGGUGUAUGGCACUGAUAGUGGCAUUUUCAUCUCGGAGCGUUGGCCCAAGGAUAAGUCUGCCAAGCCGAGACGGGUGCUGGAUGCUAGCCAGGUCACUCAAAUCGACACCUUGGAGGAGUACCAACUACUUCUGGUGCUAGCGAACAAAACACUCUCAUCCUAUCCGAUGGAGGCGCUCGAGCUUGCGGAGGGUCAAAAUUCAGUGGCAAAGCGGCCGAAGAAGAUUCAAGGUCAUGCGAACUUCUUCAAAGCGGGAAUUGGGCUUGGACGCCAUUUGGUAUGCUCUGUCAAGACAUCCGCUCUGUCAUCGACUAUCAAGGUUUACGAGCCCAUGGACAACCUGGCAAAGGGCAAGAAGAAAUCUGCCGUGAGCAAGAUGUUUCAGAGCGGUCAGGACACUCUGAAGCCCUUCAAGGAAUACUACAUACCGGCAGAGUCAUCGUCUAUCCAUUUCCUCCGCUCGACUCUUUGUGUGGGAUGCGCUCGGGGUUUUGAGGUAGUAAGUCUUGAGACUACUGAGACGCAGUCCCUUCUGGAUCAGGCGGAUACCUCGCUUGAUUUUGUCGCACGCAAGGAGAACGUGAAGCCGAUUCAUAUUGAGCGAAUGAACGGCGAGUUCUUGCUCAACUACAGCGACUUCUCCUUCUUCGUGAACCGAAACGGGUGGCGAGCUCGCCCGGAUUGGAAGAUCUCAUGGGAGGGCAACCCCAAUGCGUUUGCCCUAUCAUACCCUUAUAUCCUUGCCUUUGAGCCAAAUUUCAUCGAAAUUCGGCACAUUGAGACGAGUGAGCUGAUACACAUCAUGACUGGAAAGAACAUUCGGAUGUUGCAUUCUUCCACAAGAGAGAUUCUGUACGCCUACGAAGACGAAGGAGGCGAGGAUGUAGUAGCCAGUCUGGAUUUCUGGAACAAGCCCCAACAACAACAAUGA